CUGGUCGUCUCCAGCUUUUUGAAAUUAAAUUUCUAGGGUUUGCUGUGGAGAGACAGAGCGAAACAAAUAUGGCGGCAAACGCGGAAUCCGAAUUUCAAGAUUGAAUCCAGUGAUUCAGCCACUUGUGAAAAAAAUGCCUAAUUUUUUGCAAGGCUUAUGUAUGGAAAUGUGUCCUCAACGUGAGCGAAACCUACGUGAGAAACAAAGAAGACUGCAUCCUUUUGAAAGAGUUCAAAACGUGAAACACAGUGACGUGAAACAGUCUGUCGAUAUUGUCGUAAAAGAAUACGGAAGGCCUGCAGCUGGUAAACAACUCGAUGCUCGAGAUCUUCGCCCAGCACCAGUCUUGGUAAAAACCAUAAAUUACCUUUUGACAGAUGUCCUCAAUAAACCAAGUCCUUGGUAUUAUAAAUGUGAAUUCAUUUCUGACAGAAUUAGGUCUAUAAGACAAGAUCUAACUGCACAAAAUAUUCAAAAUUUUGAAGCCGUUGAUAUCUUGGAGAAAGCAACUAGGUAUUACUUGGUAAUGGCUGUAAAAUUAAGCCAAGAACCUCUGGAGAAUUAUGACCCAGUGUUACAUUUCUCUCACACAAAAGAAUGUCUCAAAAAACUACUUGAUUUGUAUCGACUUCACAACAAAUCCUUCAGGAAUCAGGCAUCAUUCCAAGCUUGUGACUUGAUGCUAAACAUUCUUAUUCCAAACGUCUACCAUCAUAUACUGAAACUUGACAACCACCUUAGAAAAUGCAAGGAGAUUCAGCUUGCAAUUCAUCUCAUAAAAUUAAAUCUGAAUGGUAACUUCAUUGGAGUAUUUCGAGCAGCAUCCAAGUUACCAUAUUUGGAAAGUUGUGCAUUAUUUUGUAAUAUUCAACCAAUAAGGUGCCAAGGAUUAUCAAUAAUGAAUACUGCAUUCAGCAGUAAAAAUUUGAGUUACCCAUUACCAUUGUUAGCUGAGAAUUUUUAUUUUGACUCCUGUGAGCUUGCAGCAGAGUUUUGCAUAGCUCACAAUAUAUUAGUCAAAGAUGGAAAAGUGUUUUUCAACAAAGGACAGUUUAUUGAAACAAAUCAGCAUAAAUCAUGUGUGUGUCAUAAACUUAUUGGUUCAAAGAUGAAAACUGAAAUUUCUGAUAUGGUUCUUUAUCAUAAUGCAUCUAGUGAUUAGUCUGUUGCACAAGACCCUAGCAGGUUUAGAUGACAAUAAAUAGAUAUAUGUAUGUAUGUAUGUAUAUGAAUGGUGUUUUAAAAAAAUAAAAUAAAACAAGAACUUCCUCAGGCAUAAAAAGGUAUAAUGACUAUAACGAGG